AAACUGAAGCAAGCAGUGCCCAGGUCCCUAUAACAGCAGAUGGCUUUCUGACAUCAGCAGAGACUGGUGCUUUUUCCCAGGUACAAAGGACCUCCAGACCAGAGCCAGCCAGCAGCAAAAAGAGCAUGGAGCUGAGGAGUACAGCAGCCCCCAGAGCUGAGGGCUACAGCAACACAGGCUUCCAGAAUGAAGAAAACUUUCUUGAGAACGAGAACACAUCAGGAAACAACAACUCAAUAACGAGCAGAGCUGUGCAAAGCAGGGAGCACACAAACACCAAACAGGAUGAAGAACAGGUUACAGUUGACCAGGAUUCUCCAAGAAACAAAGAAGGCACGGAGGAUGAUGAGGAGGAGAUGCAACAAAAAGGGUGUUUGGAAAGGAGGUAUGACACGGUAUGUGGUUUCUGUAGGAAACACAAAACCAUUCUUUGGCACAUCAUCUGGGGCAUUUUAUUAGCAGGUUAUCUGGUUAUGGUGAUUUCGGCCUGUGUGCUGAACUUUCACAGAGCCCUUCCUCUUUUUGUGAUCACCGUGGCUGCCAUCUUCUUUGUUGUCUGGGAUCACCUGAUGGCCAAAUACGAACAUCGAAUUUAUGAGAUGCUGUCUCCUGGCAGAAGGCUUCUAAACAGCCAUUGGUUCUGGCUGAAGUGGGUGAUCUGGAGCUCCCUGGUCCUAGCAGUUAUUUUCUGGUUGGCCUUUGACACUGCCAAAUUGGGUCAACAGCAGCUGGUGUCCUUCAGUGGGCUCAUAAUGUACAUUGUCCUGUUAUUUCUAUUUUCCAAGUACCCAACCAGGGUUUACUGGAGACCUGUCUUAUGGGGAAUCGGGCUACAGUUUCUUCUUGGGCUCUUGAUUCUAAGGACUGACCCUGGAUUUAUAGCUUUUGAUUGGUUGGGCAGACAAGUUCAGACUUUUCUGGAGUACACAGAUGCUGGUGCUUCAUUUGUCUUUGGUGAGAAAUACAAAGACCACUUCUUUGCAUUUAAGGUCCUGCCGAUCGUGGUUUUCUUCAGCACUGUGAUGUCCAUGCUGUAUUACCUGGGACUGAUGCAGUGGAUUAUUAGAAAGGUUGGAUGGAUCAUGCUAGUUACUACGGGAUCAUCUCCUAUUGAAUCUGUAGUUGCUUCUGGCAACAUAUUUGUUGGACAAACGGAGUCUCCACUGCUGGUCCGACCAUAUUUACCUUACAUCACCAAGUCUGAACUCCACGCCAUCAUGACUGCUGGGUUCUCUACCAUUGCUGGAAGCGUCCUAGGUGCAUACAUUUCUUUUGGGGUUCCAUCCUCCCACUUGUUAACAGCGUCAGUUAUGUCAGCACCUGCGUCAUUGGCUGCUGCUAAACUCUUUUGGCCUGAGACAGAAAAACCUAAAAUAACCCUCAAGAAUGCCAUGAAAAUGGAAAGUGGUGAUUCAGGGAAUCUUCUAGAAGCUGCAACACAGGGAGCAUCCUCCUCCAUCUCCCUGGUGGCCAACAUCGCUGUGAAUCUGAUUGCCUUCCUGGCCCUGCUGUCUUUUAUGAAUUCAGCCCUGUCCUGGUUUGGAAACAUGUUUGACUACCCACAGCUGAGUUUUGAGCUAAUCUGCUCCUACAUCUUCAUGCCCUUUUCCUUCAUGAUGGGAGUGGAAUGGCAGGACAGCUUUAUGGUUGCCAGGCUCAUAGGUUAUAAGACCUUCUUCAAUGAAUUUGUGGCUUAUGAGCACCUCUCAAAAUGGAUCCACUUGAGGAAAGAAGGUGGACCCAAAUUUGUAAAUGGUGUGCAACAAUAUAUAUCAAUUCGUUCUGAGAUAAUCGCCACUUAUGCUCUCUGUGGUUUUGCCAAUAUCGGGUCCCUAGGAAUCGUGAUCGGCGGACUCACAUCCAUGGCUCCUUCCAGAAAGCGUGAUAUCGCCUCGGGGGCAGUGAGAGCUCUGAUUGCGGGGACCAUGGCCUGCUUCAUGACAGCCUGCAUCGCAGGCAUACUCUCCAGCACUCCUGUGGACAUCAACUGCCAUCACGUUUUAGAGAAUGCCUUCAACUCCACUUUCCCUGGAAACACAACCAAGGUGAUAGCUUGUUGCCAAAGUCUGUUGAGCAGCACUGUUGCCAAGGGUCCUGUUGAAGUCAUACCAGGAGGAAACCACAGUCUGUAUUCUUUGAAGGGCUGCUGCACAUUGUUGAAUCCAUCGACCUUUAACUGCAGUGGGAUCCCUAAUACAUUUUGAAGUCAGCCACUUCUCCAGUGGAACUCUGAAGUACAGAUGCUGAAUUUUCUACUUUGGAAAGAAAAAAAAAAGCUAUUGUCCACAGAUUGAUGCUUCCAUAAUGGAAUCAGCUUUAUUUGCAAGGAAUGAAGAAAAACAAGAGUGGACCUUCAAAGCUACAUUUUCCUCCUCCCCUCCCUCCCCACCAGCCCCUUCCCCACCAAGAACCGCUAUGAUGUCCCAAAGUGAGGUGUUGUUGAUUCCAGUCUCAAUGGGAUUUUCUGACUUUAAUGUUUGCAAGGCAUUUCACCAGAAUACAGCUAUAAAUGGCAGCUCCCAA